AUGCUCGACGACAACCUCCCCACCUUUCGACUCCAGCAAUCUUCCGAAAAUCCCCAGAAUACCCUGCUCUACUUCACGCACAACGGAUCCGAGCCCUCGCCCGAGUACCUGCUGAAGCGGCCGCUGCCGUCCGAGUCCCGGAACCAGUAUGCUCUCGGCCUCCUCCACGUUAGCCACCCGUCCGUGACGUACGCCGAAGUUCUGGUCAAGCCCGAACGGGCCCAGCCGAGCCUGUCGGCGGCCGAGCUGCGGGCUCAGAAUGGCGUCUCGACGCCCGUGCCGCCGCCGACGCCGGAAGCCUUCAGCGUGCUGCUGUACAAUCCCGACCAGAGCAUCACCGUCAAGCGAAACCACGGAAGCUGGAGCAAGUCCGACACGUGGGACUUUGAGGUCCCCGAGCGCAGCUUCAGGGUGCCCAGCUCGAGCCGGAUAGACAGGGAGACGGCGCCUGCCGUCCCGGAGCUGGAGCCCAAGCUGGUGUUUCGGUGGAGGAGGGACGGCCGUCUGAGCAAAGACAUGACGUGCUACAUGUCCGGGAGGAGCGUGGGCGGGAAGAAGAGCAAGGAGCCCGACAUCACCGUCGCCAUGUUCCACGCGGGCAGGACCGCGGCCGCCGUGACAAUAUACGAACCCAACCUGGCCCGCGUGGACAUUGAGGACCGCAAAGGCCUCGAAGUUGUCCUGAUACUGAGCGCCGAGGUCAUUCGCGACCUGUACCUCGUCCCGCGACAGGAUCCCUUCAACACGGCGGUGGCGCCGGCGCCGGCGCCGUCUCCGUCUCCGUCUGCCUCCAGGCCCUCCGGGCCACCGGCAUCGCCGCCGCGACAACAGAUCCCCGCGGCGUCUGGGGCCCUCGGCCUCGGGGGUCCCGCCGCAGGCCCUGCGGUCCAGCAGUCAGACGUCGACGCCGAGACGAAACGCCUGCAAGCCAUGGUGGCAGAGGAAAAGCGCCAGGCGAAAGAGCGGGAGAAGCGGGACGCGCAAGAGCAGAGGCGGAUCCGGAAGAUGCUGGAGGCGGAGGAGAACGAGCGCCGCAGACGCGAGGCCGAGGUCGAAAGGGAGACGGAGCGCCUGCGCAGGCAGUACGGCGUGCCGGCCCCUCCCGGCGGAGGACCGCCCUCGUCCUCGCCGGCCCUCCCGCCGCGGCCGGAUCGAAACCAACACUACGCCUCGGGCGCCCUGGGCCGGGGACAGCCCCCGAUGCCCCCGCGUCCGAACAGCGUCGGCUCGCAGCCCGGGCCUCCGAGCAGCUGUGGCGGUGGCAGGAAGAAGCAUUCGGGCCCGUUUGGCGGAAGCGUCAGCGGGCUCUUCCACAGAUCCGACGAGGACAGGCGCGACAAGGUGGAAAAGAAGAGGAGUGUGCAUUUUUGA